AGGCACCAUCUCAUCUAUAGCUGUUACUCAAUCUGUAAAUUCAACUGGACAAUCAAGUAACUCAUCAAUAGCUGCGCCAACAAAAUUACCAGAGACGGCACAGGUGGCACACCAUACAGCUCAUGGUUCAUCAAUUUUGGCGUCUCCUAGCAUUUCUGAGAGGUCAAGCCUUGACAUGUCACAACCACCAGAUAUUCAAGGCCAUGCUUGAAUGGAUCAGUCUGUACCUGUAGUGACCCAUGGAAACCUUCAAUCUCCACAAUUGGUAGAGAGUGGAAUAAGUACGAACCAGAAUAUGAUGAAAGGCGUGGUUCAAUCUGGUAUGCUGGCAACUGGAACAAUGAAGUCUCCCUCUCGCAUUUCCCAGCAAGUACAAAAAGCAAAUGCAAUGCGGGCGUUGCAUUCACCAUAUGUAAAACUAUGGGAGGGAGACUUAUUCAGUCUAAAAAAAGGCCAACCUGUCUUGAUUACCAGAUUACAGGUUUCCGGGACUCGACAGCUUCUGAGUUGCUUGCAGAAGAUUGGCCAUCAACAAUGCUAAUAGAGAAUGUUACAUCUCAAGACCUCGUGAUCUCCGAGCAAAGCAUGAAAAAGCAAGACAUACUUGUUUUCCAGGCAAAUAGUCUGCAUGCAUUAUUCGGAAAACUCAAAAAACUGAAUUUUUGUGCAAUUGCAUGGUUGCCAUCACAGACACUUCUUUUGGCUGUAUCAGAUAUACAAAGUCAGUUGAUCGGAAUGCUUUUUCCUAACGGUACCUUGGUGCUUGAAUCAGAGAACUCUGAGUAGCAAAUAGCAAUUACCAUCAAACGCGAUUGAUGAGUCGGAAAGUCGGGGACAAGUUUCCUCACUUGUUGGAAGAUUUGGAAACAUUUUUACACCAAAAUUGUGCAUAUGUACCAACAGAGAGCAUAGUAGUACUAUAUUCAUUUGCUUUGUAUAGUUAGUGGUUCAGUUCUCCAUUAUUGUUCACCUGUGCAGUAUGAAUUAUACCUGUUUGUUCAUCUUUUUACUCAAUAAUAUCUCUGCAGUGAUAAAGUUUGAUCAUUUUAA